AUGCGCUGCAUCAGAGCAUGGUUCGGUAAAAGACAGAGGAGGAACUUGAGGAUCUCGAGGACGAGAAAGAUCUUGAUGAUGAUCGCUUCCUCGAAGAAUACGAAGAAGAGGUUGGCGGAGCUGAGAGAAGCUGCUAAAGUCAGAAGGUUAUGCAAGCUUCUGCUCAAGUUUGGGUUGUUGAUCGCAGAGUGUGGAUUGUUAUUGGGUUGUCUAGAAGAAUUGGCUAGCAGAUACCCGAGGACGAAGUUUGUUAAGAUUAUAUCAACUGGUUGUAUUCCCAACUACCCUGAUUGCAAUCUCCCUACCUUGCUUGUGUCCCAUAUCAUGGUGCUGUUAAAGGAACUCAUGUGGGCUUGA